CAAGUUAGGGACCCAGAGAGGGAGGGACAGAGCGGGGGGGUGGCGGCUGCAGCGCGAGCCGCCCGGACAGAACGUUCCCCGGGAGCUGCAGCGGCGCGAGCCGCCCCGGAUAGAACGUUCCCCGGGAGCUCCUCGCUCUUCCGUGGUCCCCGCCUGUCCCGCUACAAGAGGCUGGGGGCUUGCAGCGAGGGAUCCGCGCACGGUGCACGCCCCGCAGCCUGGAGUGGGGGAGGAGGAUGGAGGGGCGGCGGUGAGGGGGGCCCCCUUGGAGAACAGCCGCAGCAGCCUUCCCAAGACGAGGGGAGAGGAGGAGGAGGAGGAAGCAGCCGCGGUGGCUUGUGCGGAGGCGAGGGGCAGAGAUGGCCAACGACUCCGUUCAGGGUGAGCAGAGCUGGUCAUUCCUGGAGCAACUGGCACUCGAUCCCAGCCCCGACCUGGCGGCGAGCAGUGUCCAGCAGCGCCUGGAUGAGGAGAAGGAGCGGAUCCGCCGUGAGAUCCGCAAGGAGCUGAAGAUCAAGGAGGGAGCGGAGAACCUGCGCCGGGCCACCACCGACCGCCGCAACCUGGCCAGCGUGGAGAGCCUGCUGCGUGGCUCUGACCGCAAACUGCAACAGCUGCACUGCCAGCUGCAGCACCUGGACGCUCACAUCAUGGUCAAGGAGCCGGAGGAGAGCGGAGAUGCCCCCCAGUCGCCCAACAGCCUGAGCCGCUCGGCAGCCAACAAGCACCGCCUGGCUGGGCUGGAGAAGCAGCUGAACAUUGAGCUGAAGGUGAAGCAGGGGGCAGAGAACAUGAUCCAGAUGUACGCCAAUGGCUCCACCAAGGACCGGAAGCUGCUGCAAACGGCCCAGCAGAUGCUGCAAGACAGCAAGACCAAGAUCAAUAUCAUCCGCAUGCAGAUCCGCAGAGCCGCGCAGGCUGACGUGCUGCCACCUGAGGGCGAGGACGUGCAAGGGAAUCUGGACCUGAGCUGCAUGGAGCUGCGCAUCGAGGAGCUGCGCCAUCAUUUCCGCGUGGAGCACGCUGUGUCCGAGGGGGCUAAGAACGUGCUGCGCCUGCUGGGCUCUGCCAGGACACCGGACCGCAAGGCCAUCGCUGAGGCCCAGGCGAAGCUGACCGAGUCGAGCCAGAAGCUGGACCUGCUGCGCCUGGCACUGGAGCGGCGCUUGGGGGAGUUGCCUGAGGAUCACCCCAAGGGCUGCCUCAUCAAGGAGGAGCUGAUCAUGGCCACCUCAUCUGCCUUCAGCACCCGCAACAACACCCCUUACCAGCACAACCAGUACAGCACGCUCUGCAAGCCCUCACCCCUCACAGGGAUGCUGGAGGUGCAGCUGCUGGGCUGCAGUGGGCUGCUGGAGUCGGUGCCUGGUCGGACCCGUGGUGGUACUGUCUCGCUGCCCUGCAACAACCCCGGCGAGGCGCGCACCAUCUUCAUGAACCGCAGUGGGCGGGGGCUCUACAGCCGCAGCGGCAGCCUGAGUGGCCGGACCGUCCUCAAGUCCGACGACUUCAGCAAUGAGGUGAGCGCCGUGCUGAAGCUGGAUAACACUGUGAUGGGGCAGACAGCCUGGAAGCCUGUAGGCCAGCAGGCCUGGAACCAGACCUUCGCCCUGGAGCUGGAGAGGGCGCGGGAGCUGGAGAUCUCGGUGUAUUGGCGGGAUUAUCGCAGCCUCUGUGCCUUGAAGCACCUCAAGCUGGAGGAUUUCCUGGACAACCAACGCCAUGAGAUCCACCUGGACCUGGAGCCCCAGGGCACCCUGCUCGCCGAGGUGACCUUCUUCGACCCUGUCAUCGAGCGCAUCCCCAAGCUCCAGAGGCAGAAGAAGAUUUUCUCCAAGCAGCAAGGCAAGGCCUUCCUGCGCGCCCGUCAGAUGAACAUCGACAUCGCUACCUGGGUGCGGCUGCUGCGGCGCCUCCUGCCCACCACCAGCUCCACUGGUGCCUAUAGCCCCUCGGCCCACGUUCCCACUGGGCCCGGCUCCGAGGGCCACCACAACCUGGCUAGAGACUUCUCCAUCGAGAAGCUGAACCUGGACAUUGAUAAGCCGCUGCAGGAGCGGCCAGGCCAGCCGGCUGAUGGCGGGGAGCGACCGGAGAGGGGCGCACUGAGCCCGCAAGCAGGAGAUGAGGAGCUGGUGCUGGGAGGAGACACCCGAAGGCCUGGGAAUAGUGCCCUGCACAGGACGACACCUUUGACGCUGGAUGAAUUCAGGUUCCUGGCCGUGCUGGGACGCGGGCACUUCGGCAAAGUGCUGCUCUCCGAGUACAGCCGCACAGGGGAGCUCUACGCCAUCAAAGCCUUGAAGAAGGGGGACAUUGUGGCACGGGACGAGGUGGAGAGCCUGAUGUGCGAGAAGCGGAUCUUCGAGACGGUGAAUAGCUCACGGCACCCAUUCCUGGUGAACCUCUUCGCCUGCUUCCAGACGCCUGAGCAUGUCUGCUUCGUCAUGGAGUACACGGCCGGCGGCGACCUCAUGAUGCACAUCCACACAGACGUCUUCACUGAGCCGCGGGCCACGUUUUACGCCGCCUGCGUCGUCCUUGGAUUGCAGUUUCUUCAUGAGCACAAAAUAGUGUACAGGGACCUGAAGCUGGAUAAUUUAUUACUGGACAAGGAGGGUUUUGUGAAGAUCGCAGACUUUGGCCUAUGCAAGGAAGGGAUGGGCUACGGCGACCGCACUAGCACAUUCUGCGGGACCCCCGAGUUUCUGGCGCCCGAGGUGCUGACAGACACGUCCUACACCCGCGCCGUGGACUGGUGGGGGCUGGGCGUCCUGAUCUACGAGAUGUUGGUGGGGGAGUCCCCAUUCCCAGGCGAUGACGAGGAGGAGGUGUUUGACAGCAUUGUGAAUGACGAGGUGCGGUACCCCCGCUUUCUGUCCACCGAGGCCAUCGGCGUCAUGCGCCGGCUCCUGCGCAGGAAUCCGGAGCGUCGCCUGGGCUCCAGCGAGCGGGAUGCCGAGGACGUCAAGAAGCAGCCGUUCUUCAGGGUCAUUGACUGGGAGGCCUUGCUUGCCCGGCGGCUCCCUCCCCCCUUCGUCCCCAUCAUCAAGGGGCGUGAGGACAUCAGCAACUUCGACGAGGAGUUCACGGCUGAGGCGCCCGCACUGACGCCGCCCCGCGAGCCACGCCAGCUCACCGCUGCCGAGCAGGAGGCCUUCCGUCAUUUCGACUACCUUGCGGACACCUGCUAGCCCAGGGGAGAGCUGGACCGCAGGAAGGGACGGAGGGUUUUCCACCAGUGCCCCUUGGACUCUGAAGGACUCACUGGGCGGGGAAUCUGCCUGGAUCCGUGCUCGGGGGGCAGUUUGACUCCAAGGCUGCAGAAGCAAGACAGGGGUGGUGGAUCUCUUAGAGUCCCUGCCAGGGACUGCUGCCCCCCAACCCAUCCCGCCUCAUCUGAGCCCCCGGCUGCCCCCUCUGCCUGUGACUUUCUCUUGGACCACUGUAGUUUUGCCAACAAGCAGAGGGGGGGAACUCAGCGCUGGCCCCACCCUGGUUCCUACCUCCAGCCUGGGUCUGGCCCUGGCACUGCCGUGGGUAAAAGGCCAAGUCCCACUCACUGCUCCCAGAGGUGGUUGCAGCGACAGGAGGGGUCUGUGCUCUGUAUCCUGGGUGGGGGGAGGAUGGGCACUGAGGGGAGGUGGGGGCAAGCUCGUGGGUGUGGGGAACUGCUGGUCCCUCGGGGCAAGUAGGGGCCACCCUGAGGGUAGAGGAGUGGCACCCAAUGUUGAGUCCUGGGAGAGGACUUGUGGCCAGGUCCCAUAAGGGUGCCCAGGAGGGUCCCCCUCCUGCCUCUGCCAUACAGUGACCCACCCCCCUGCCCCUCUCUGAGGCCCUCAUCCUACCGCAACUCUACCCAGGGUUCAGCUGCCCUCUGCCCCUGGCUCUGGGCCCAUCUGCUCCCCAGGGCCAGGCGAAGGUCAGCCUAGCCCUUUACCUGAGGGCUGUGCCUCAUAUCAUGGACCAUCUGGAGCCAGGUGAUGCAGGAGCUGGUGAGGGCAGCUGCCGCUGGGGAGGAGCAUGGGGGCUGUUUAUACAGGGAUCCCUGACCUGACACUGAAAUGCAUCCGCCUCUGGGGUGGGCUGCAUCAGCUGCUUAACAGCCACCAGCAACGGCGCAGAACAGUUUUAGGACUGGAGGGGAAGGGGGAUCUUAUGGGGCCUGUAGGCAGGUGGCAGGGGGCUGCCCCAAGGGGACUUUGGCGAGGAAGCUGGCGCUCCUACCCUGUCACUGGCCAUGGGCUGGGCCAUGUUUUUAAGAACACGGUGGCCAAACACCUGUCGGGGACGGUCUAGGUACCGGUAGCCCUGUCUGGGUGCAGAGUGCUGGACGUGACCUUGGGUUCUGCGAUGACUGAUCAGGGCUCCAGCUUUAGGGAGAGUGGAACCUCUCCGCGCAGCAUAGCGCCCCCUAGAGCCGCGCUGGUGUUCUAGGGUCCGUGCUCACUAUGACGGGAGAGCGCCCCUGCUGUGCUCCCCCACCCUGCUCCCAGUAGCACAGCGCCCCCUAAUGCUGUAUGGGGGCACUGAGCCCCUGUCCCACUCCCUGCAUUUUCCUUGUCUCUCACCUGUCUGACUGCACUCAGCAUGAUGUCCUAGCCCCCGUGCAUUGCAUGAAGGUUAGAGGGGCUGGAGCCACAUCACUCCUGAUAAAGGGGAGCAGGCGGCUCCCUGUGUAUGACUGGGGUGAAAGCUGUGGGCUGCUGGCCCCAUGGGAAGGUCAGGCAGGCACAAGGGCUGAGGGCACAGCAGAUCCACAGAGGCUGGGGGAAGGGAUUCCCUGUGUACCCCCUUCCCCAGGGGUGGGGGGAGGCUACUGUCUCUAAGUUCCCACCCACAGGAUGCUGCCCUGUCCUGCAGCACCUCCCCAUGGGAGCUUCAUGCAUGUGCCUGCUGCUCCAGCCCCCACUGAGCUGUACCCCUCACUGCAGUGUCGGGGAUGCAGGGAAGCGUUGCCACAACAGGGGCUGUUCUCAUCCUGCUUGGCAGGAGUCGAGCCCAUUGCUUAUGAAUGGGUGGGAGGGUCUAGUGAUGGAGGUGGGGCUGGGAAUCAGGACUCCUGGGUUCUGUUACUGAUGGGGAAGAAAGAAGGGUCUCGUGGUUAAAGAGGGGCAUAUGGCCAGAAGUCAGGGUUCUGUCCUGGACCUAGGAGAGUGGGCUCUAGUGAUUAGAGCAGGAGGGGCUGGGAACCAGGAUUUCUGGGUUCUGUUCCCAGCUCUGCCACUUAGUUGCUCUGUGUGCCUGGCCGAGUAACUUUUCUUGUGCCUCGGUUUCCCCUUUAACAUUCCCACUCCUGCCUGUCAGCCUUUGGGGUGUGGUCGCUCUGGCUCCAAGAAAAGGCUCAAAGUUACAGUCACCUUGCCGCCUGUCUGCCUUUUAACUACCUCUGUCCCCACAGGGAAACCCCCGGGCUGUGUUCUGCGGGGCAAGAGGGAGCCAAUCAGCUGCCUUUGUGGUAUGAGAUGUGAGUUGUAAAUUAUAGACCAGUUAAGCAAA